UGUUGCUGUUUUAUACUGAAAUUCAUUUUUUUUCCUGAUUCAAAAUUCAUUCAUUAUCAUCGAUUAGAAUAGAAAAUACCCUUGAACUUUGAUUUUUUUUUUCAUUCAUCAAUUUCUAAUUGAAAAAUUAUCACAACAACAUUUUGAUAUCGAAUGCCAAAUCUUCUUCAUAAACCCGUGUGUUUGUGGUACGACGUUUGUCAUCGGAUUUGACCAAAAAAAAAAUCUGAUUUUUCCAUCAUCAUCAUCAUCAUCAACAACAGCCAGUUAGCCAACGAUUCUACAAGGCAGCAUGGACAAGAAAAAAACUCUUAAACGAGCUAGAAUAGAUUGUAUUCGUGGACCAAAUAUUUCAAAUGGUCCAUUACAUUCACGACCUUUGGUUGCACUUCUCGAUGGACGAGAUUGUUCGGUUGAGAUGCCCAUAUUGAAAGAUGUUGCCACAGUGGCAUUUUGCGAUGCUCAAUCCACUCAGGAAAUCCACGAAAAAGUUUUAAAUGAAGCGGUUGGAGCCUUGAUGUGGCAUACCAUCAAUUUGACCAAGGAAGAUUUGGAAAAAUUCAAAGCACUCAGAAUAAUUGUACGUAUCGGUUCGGGCAUCGAUAAUGUUGAUAUCAAAGCUGCCGGCGAACUUGGUAUUGCCGUUUGCAAUGUACCUGGUUUUGGUGUUGAAGAAGUUGCCGAUUCUACCAUGUGCCUAAUUCUUAAUCUAUAUCGUCGCACGUAUUGGCUGGCGAAUAUGGUACGUGAUGGAAAAAAAUUUCAAGGUCCAGAACAAGUUCGAGAAGCUGCUAGUGGAUGUGCUCGAAUUCGUGGCGAUACUCUUGGAAUCGUCGGUUUAGGUCGUGUUGGAACUGCAGUGGCGUUGCGAGCUAAAGCAUUCGGCUUUAACGUUAUAUUCUAUGAUCCUUAUCUACCGGAUGGUAUUGACAAAUCAUUGGGUUUGAAUCGUGUUUACACCUUGCAAGACCUUUUAUUUCAAAGUGAUUGUGUAUCAUUGCAUUGUAGCCUCAACGAACACAAUCAUCAUCUAAUUAAUGAAUUCACAAUCAAACAAAUGCGACCCGGAGCUUUUCUUUGCAACACUGCUCGUGGUGGUCUGGUUGACGAAAACGCCUUAGCUGCCGCUCUCAAAGAUGGCAGAAUUCGGGCUGCUGCUCUUGAUGUACAUGAAAACGAACCUUAUGCUAAUCAUGGUCCAUUAAAAGAUGCACCGAAUCUGAUCUGUACGCCACAUGCAGCCUGGUAUAGUGAUGCAAGCUCUACUGAACUUCGUGAAAUGGCUGCUUCAGAGAUUCGUAGAGCAAUUGUGGGCCGCAUUCCAGAUAAUUUACGUAAUUGUGUCAACAAAGAAUAUUUCACCGGCGGUGCUUAUGGCGACGGUAUGAAUGGCGCUAGUUCUUAUAAUUACACUGGUCCUAUUGUUCCCCACUCAACCACAGUGGAACCAAUGCCAAAUGCUUCAUUAUCCAAUUCGUUGACUCCAUCACAUUCAACACCUCAUUCGACCCUUCAAGAUACUAAUAAUCACAUUGCAGCCAAAGCUGAAAGUUCGGAGGUCCAUUAAGAAUGUUCAAUAAUAUCGAUUAUAAUAAUGAUAAUGAUCAUGAUGAUCAAUGUCAACAUUUGCUGAAAAUCAAAAAAGCCCCAGUGAUGAGGAUGUGUAGCUGAUCAGAAAGAAAAUCUAUCACUUUUUAUGCUGAAAAAAAUCUCAAUCAUAAUUACUACUUCUAUAAUUAUACAACAACAACAACAACUAAUAAUAAUAAUAACAAGAAAGGCAACACAACAAUUCAUUAUUAUAAAAAAUUUCAUUAUCAUUUUUGUUUUUCUUCUCACCAUCGCAUUACCACCCAUUAUAUCAUCACUUUUAUCAUUUGUAAUUGUUAAAAAAUGGAUUUUCGAAUCAAAAAAAAAUCACACAAUUUCAUCUCAUCCCAUUCAAUAUAAACAUGAGAGAGAAACAAACAACAUAACAUUACAACAUUAGAAAUUUUCUAUUAUCUAUUUCUAUUAUUAUUAUUAUUAUACAGUAACAAAAUGGAAAAAUGUAUUUUUAUUUCA